CACUUGUUCCAAGACCUGUUAAUUCAAUCAUAGUACCUCGUCCUCCCAGUGAUGUAGAUGGAAAUCCACAUGCACGGAUAGUGUGUGAGGUAGCAGUGAGCCAAAACGUUGGUCGUCUGAAAGAAAGGUGCUUGACUUGGAUGUGCCAACAAUAUGUUCGUGCUGUUAUAAGUAUCAAAAUUUUAGAUCCAAGAGCAGGGAUUCGAGAACCUGGAACAGGUUAUUUUUAUAGAACAAUGAUGGCGAAACUUUAUCGUCAAGGAAUGGAAAAACAAGAAUGGGAUUUUGGAAAUGUUAUAAAAAAUUCAAGAGAUCCUAUCAAUGAACCUGCUCCUUGCAAUGCACCAAACUUGCCAAAUUUUCAGAUAAAUAUUCCCAUAGGUGAAGUAUUUUGGGACCCGACAUUUCCCAUCCCCCCUGCAAUUACAGCCAACAAUUUUACUAUUGACUUGUACUGGAUACAACGAGUAGCUUUAAAAUCUAAAAUAUGA